CUUUCCGUUGCCCAUACAAUUUUAUUCUGUCACUCUGCUUUUCUCUCUCUCUCCUCCAUUUUCAACUGCAAUUUUUCUAUUUGAAUCCAAAAAAAAAUUCUCUUUUUAUACAAAUCCACAUGCUCUUUGAUUAAUAUAUUUGUUAGUAAUAUUUUGAUCUGAGUCAAUAUUUGCUAGGGUUUAUAUAAAUUCUCAAUUCAUCGAAUUUUUACCAAAAAAAUAAUUAAUUUUUUUGUUGUGGCUAAUUUUUCCUCGUUUGAUUCAUUUCUACGAGAAUCAAUUAGCCUAAUCAACCCCUUUUCGUUUUCUUGAAGAAUUUCUGAGAUAAUCGAUAUAUAAAUUGCAAUUUAUCGAUAUAUAUAUAGGAAAAAAAGGAUUUUUUUUUGGAUAUAGAUAGAGAUAUUUGGGGUUUUUCAUAUAAAGAGAUGAUGGGUAGUGGAUUACAGUUUAAUCGGAGUUUUAACGGUGAAGAUCGGUUUUAUAGUGCUGCGAAGGCUCGUCGGAAUGUUAAUCGGAGUUUUAAUGGUGAGGAUAAUUUACGGAGAGCUAAGAGUGAUGUUGCUGUUAGUAAUUUUCCGGCGAAGACGAAAAUGAAGGUGGCUGCCGUCGAUGAAUCGACGAAGGAGUUACCGGUCGCUGCUGCCGUGCCGACAUCGGAAGUUUUGCCGCUUUGUAAUCUACAGCGGUUUUUGAAAUCUGUUACUCCUUCAGUUCCUGCUCAAUAUCUAUCUAAGACAACUAUUAGGGAUUGGAGGACGUGUGAUGUGGAGUUUCUGCCUUACUAUGUACUUGGCGACUUAUGGGAGUCUUUUAAAGAAUGGAGUGCAUAUGGAGCUGGAGUUCCAUUGGUUUUGGAUGAAGGUGAUAGUGCAGUUCAGUACUAUGUACCCUAUUUGUCAGGUAUUCAGUUGUACGGUGACUCUUCAAAGGCUUCAGUCAAAACAAGUAGUAGGCGACCAGGUGAGGAGAGUGAUAGUGACUAUUUUCGGGAUUCUAGUAGUGAUGGAAGUAGUGACUCUGAACACGAGAGACGUUGCUUGAAUUAUUCAAGGGAGCAACGGAUGUAUCAUAGCCAAGCAAGUGAAAGCUCUCUUAGUAUCGAUGGAUUAUCAUUAAGAGAAAGUAAUGCUACCUUCCAAGAAGGAUUUUCAAGCGAUGAGGGUGAAUCUGGGUCUUCUCAAGGUGCCUUGCUGUUUGAGUAUUUUGCACACGAUCAGCCUUAUGGUCGUGAACCUUUGGCAGACAAGAUAUCUGCUCUUGCUCAACGUUUCCCCGAAUUAAAAACAAUGAGAAGUUGUGAUCUCCUUCGUUACAGUUGGAUUUCUGUAGCCUGGUAUCCAAUUUACCGGAUACCUACGGGACCUACUUUAAAAGCUCUGGAUGCUUGUUUUCUGACAUUUCAUUCUCUUCAUACACCCAUGCCAGGAAAUCAAAAUGGUCAUACCGCGGUUGUUGCAUGUCCAACUGAUACGGAUGCGGCCCCUAAGAUUCCACUACCUGCUUUUGGCCUUGCUUCAUACAAGUUUAAAGCGUCACUUUGGACUCCAAAUGACGGACCUGGAAGACAGUUAAUGAGCUCGCUCUUACAAGCUGCUGAUAACCGGCUAACGCUUCUUCAGGUCAAUCACCCUGAUUUCAGUUUCUUCUGCCAGAGGUGAAAAUGAGAUACUCUCCUCUGUUUGUGGUUAGAGAACCACUCUGUGGUUGAUACAGCUGUUGAUUUUCCAAGGAAAAAUGGGUUAAGACUUAAGGAUUCGCUCUAACCUUUAGUUACAAUGCUGUUAUCUAUACUACGAGGCAAAAUAAAAUUUAAAAAAAAAAGAAAAAAAGAAGAAAAGAAAAAAAAGAAACCGUAAAUGGAAAACCAGCCCUCAGGUAAGGGCUGAAAAUCUGAAUAUUGAUGGGGAAGGAGUGGAAAGUUAGUAACAUAACAGAAGUUCGAGGGAAGUUACAAAUAAAGGAUCGGUAACAGAUGAGCUGAUGAGUAACAAUGCUUAUGCAGGUGAUCGAACGACUGAAAGUAUAAUAUUAAGAUGGCACCAUAAUGCUCCUCAUUUUCGGUUUAUAGUGGAGAGAGCUGGCUGUUUUUACUGCCUUGAAUAUGUUGGUGUGUUAUUUAUACUAGCAUUCUAGCAUAUUUUGAUAGAGCUACUAUAUAUGGUGGUGAAAUGUAGCUUCCCCAUGUCAUGUACAUUACUUUUUAUUUGACUUUUUUUAGUAAUAAUAGACUAUUUAGAUAUAAUUCUGUCUCA